AUGGCCAAGAUCAGCACGCAGCACUCCCACCCUUCCCCGGCCCACCUCGCAGAAAGGAGCGUGGCCCGCGGUCUCCACUGCAUUGAAAGUGGCCUCAGCCGGACCCCCUCGCCGGGUGAGGCGACGUCGUCAGAGCUGCAGCAAGGGCUCGCCAUGGAGACUAGAGGACAGGCUGGAGCCGGGCGCCCCUCCUGCACCGGCCAGGGGCCCCCCAGGCUGUCGCGCCUCGUCGUCUCGCUGCGUGCCUGGGCCGCCCGCCGUCUGCACCGCCAGGACCCGGGCCCUGACGCCUUCCUGGAGCAGUUCCACGGCACCGAGCUUGGGGAGGACACCCGCCGGGAGGGCAACGCGCUGGCCCCAGGCAGCCAGGAGCCGCCGGACCCGGGGAGCAGGGGGAGGAGGGGCGCGGCCGUCGUGGACCCCUCCAGCGGCCUGUACUACCACUGGCUGACCGUCAUCGCCCUGCCCGUCUUCUACAACUGGUGCCUGCUCGUGUGCAGGGCCUGCUUCGACGAGCUCCAGUCCGAGCACCUGGCGCUGUGGCUGGUUCUGGACUACUCCGCCGAUAUCCUCUACAUCCUGGACAUUCUGGUGCGAGGCCGGACAGGCUUCCUUGAGCAAGGCCUGAUGGUCAGGGAUGCCAGCCGGUUGUGGAAUCAUUACAUGAAGACCAUUCACUUCAAGCUGGACAUGUUGUCUCUGGUCCCCACAGACCUGGCCUACCUGAAGCUGGGCGUGAACCGCCCGGAGCUGAGGUUCAAUCGCCUCCUGAAGUUUGCCCGGCUCUUUGAAUUCUUCGACCGCACGGAAACGAGGACCAGCUACCCCAAUGUGUUCCGGAUCGGGAACUUGGUCUUGUACAUCCUCAUCAUCAUCCACUGGAAUGCCUGCAUCUACUUUGCCAUCUCCAAGUUCAUUGGCUUUGGGACCGACUCCUGGGUCUACCCAAACAUCUCGAAACCCGAGUACGGGCGCCUCUCCAGGAAAUACAUCUACAGCCUCUACUGGUCCACGUUGACGCUCACCACCAUCGGUGAGACCCCAGCCCCCGUGAAGGAUGAGGAGUAUCUCUUCGUGGUCGUAGACUUCCUGGUGGGCAUCCUCAUCUUUGCCACCAUCGUGGGCAAUGUGGGUGCCAUGAUCUCCAACAUGAACGCCUCACGGACAGAGUUCCAGGCCAAGAUCGACGCCAUCAAGCAGUAUAUGCGGUUCCGCAAGGUGACCAAGGAUUUGGAGUCACGGGUAAUCCGCUGGUUCGACUACCUGUGGGCCAAUAAGAAGACGGUGGAUGAGAAGGAGGUGCUCAAGAGCCUCCCCGACAAGCUGAGGGCCGAGAUCGCCAUCAACGUGCACCUGGACACGCUCAAGAAGGUCCGCAUCUUCCAGGACUGCGAGGCGGGGCUGCUGGUGGAGCUGGUGCUGAAGCUGCAGCCCACCGUGCUCAGUCCCGGCGACUACGUCUGCAAGAAGGGGGACAUCGGCAGGGAGAUGUACAUCGUCAAGGAGGGCAAGCUGGCCGUGGUGGCCGACGACGGCGUCACCCAGUUCGUGGUCCUCGGCGACGGGAGCUACUUUGGGGAGAUCAGCAUCCUCAACAUCAGGGGCAGCAAGUCGGGCAACCGCAGGACAGCCAACAUCCGGAGCAUCGGCUACUCGGACCUGUUCUGCCUCUCGAAGGACGACCUGAUGGAGGCGCUCACUGAGUACCCCGAGGCCAAGAAGGCCCUGGAGGAGAAGGGGCGGCAGAUCCUGAUGAAGGACAACCUGAUGGACGAGGACAUGGCCGAGGCCUGGGCAGACCCCACGGAUGUCCAGGGGAGGGUGGAGCACUUGGAGUCCUCCCUGGAUGCUCUGCAGACCAGGUUUGCCCGGCUCCUGGCCGAGUACACCGCAGCCCAGAUGAAGAUGAAGCAGCGCCUCAGCCAACUGGAGAGCCGGGUGAAGACCUGUGGAAGUGGCCCCCCGCCCGACGGGGAGGCUCCUGGGGGUGCCACGGACACAGAGGACAGACAGCAGUAAAAUCGCAGGCGUGGGUCUCCUCUCCACGAGGACGGCUGUCAGCGUGGCUGCGAUGUGGCCGUGGCUGUGCAGCAGGGGACUUGGCCAGGGUUUGCUUCCAGCUGCCCUCACCUUUUGUGAGCUGGGUGGCCUCGGUUUCCCCGUCUUGAGAACAGGACAUG